GAGACCACUGUCCGCGGCUCCCGUGAAGAUGUCCACUCCAGACCCACCCCUGGGUGGAACUCCUCGGCCAGGCCCUUCUCCAGGCCCGGGCCCCUCCCCAGGAGCCAUGUUGGGCCCUAGCCCUGGUCCCUCACCUGGCUCCGCCCACAGCAUGAUGGGGCCCAGCCCGGGGCCUCCCUCAGCAGGACACCCCAUCCCGACCCAGGGGCCUGGAGGGUACCCUCAGGACAACAUGCACCAGAUGCACAAGCCGAUGGAGUCCAUGCACGAGAAGGGCAUGUCGGAUGACCCCCGCUACAACCAGAUGAAGGGGAUGGGACUGCGGUCAGGGGGCCACGCAGGCAUGGGGCCCCCGCCGAGCCCCAUGGACCAGCACUCUCAAGGGUACCCCUCACCCCUGGGGGGCUCUGAGCACGCCUCCAGUCCGGUUCCAGCCAGUGGCCCGUCCUCGGGCCCACAGAUGUCGUCCGGACCAGGAGGGGCCCCACUGGAUGGCGCCGACCCCCAGGCUUUGGGGCAGCAGAACCGGGGCUCGACCCCAUUUAACCAGAACCAGCUGCACCAGCUCAGAGCUCAGAUCAUGGCAUACAAGAUGCUGGCCCGGGGGCAGCCCCUCCCUGACCACCUGCAGAUGGCGGUGCAGGGGAAGCGGCCGAUGCCUGGGAUGCAGCAGCAGAUGCCAACACUACCUCCACCCUCCGUGUCCGCAACAGGACCUGGCCCUGGCCCUGGCCCUGGCCCUGGGCCAGGUCCGGGACCAGCACCUCCAAAUUACAGCAGGCCUCAUGGUAUGGGAGGGCCCAACAUGCCCCCCCCAGGACCCUCAGGCGUGCCCCCCGGGAUGCCUGGCCAGCCUCCCGGAGGGCCUCCCAAGCCCUGGCCUGAAGGACCCAUGGCGAAUGCUGCUGCUCCCACGAGCACUCCUCAGAAGCUGAUACCCCCGCAGCCGACAGGUCGCCCCUCACCCGCACCCCCCGCUGUCCCGCCGGCUGCCUCCCCAGUGAUGCCGCCCCAGACACAGUCGCCGGGGCAGCCGGCCCAGCCCGCCCCCAUGGUGCCGCUCCACCAGAAGCAGAGCCGCAUCACCCCUAUCCAGAAGCCACGGGGCUUGGACCCGGUGGAGAUCCUGCAGGAGCGGGAGUACAGGCUACAGGCUCGCAUCGCACACCGAAUUCAGGAACUUGAAAACCUUCCCGGGUCCCUGGCCGGGGAUUUGCGUACCAAAGCGACCAUCGAGCUCAAGGCCCUCAGGCUGCUGAACUUCCAGAGGCAGCUGCGGCAGGAGGUGGUGGUGUGCAUGAGGAGGGACACGGCUCUUGAGACGGCCCUCAAUGCCAAGGCCUACAAGCGCAGCAAGCGGCAGUCACUGCGUGAGGCCCGCAUCACCGAGAAGCUGGAGAAGCAGCAGAAGAUCGAGCAGGAGCGCAAGCGCCGGCAGAAGCACCAGGAAUACCUCAACAGCAUUCUUCAGCAUGCCAAGGAUUUCAAAGAAUAUCACAGGUCGGUCACAGGCAAGAUCCAGAAACUCACCAAGGCGGUGGCCACCUACCAUGCCAACACAGAGCGGGAGCAGAAGAAGGAAAACGAGAGAAUCGAGAAGGAGAGGAUGCGGCGGCUCAUGGCCGAAGACGAGGAAGGGUACCGCAAGCUCAUCGACCAGAAGAAGGACAAGCGCCUGGCCUACCUCUUGCAGCAGACGGACGAGUACGUGGCUAACCUCACGGAGCUGGUGCGGCAGCACAAGGCCGCCCAGGUCGCCAAGGAAAAGAAGAAGAAAAAGAAAAAGAAGAAGGCAGAAAACGCAGAAGGACAGACACCUGCAAUUGGACCUGACGGCGAGCCUCUGGAUGAGACCAGCCAAAUGAGCGACCUACCUGUCAAGGUGAUCCACGUGGAGAGUGGGAAGAUCCUCACCGGCACAGACGCACCUAAAGCAGGGCAGCUGGAGGCCUGGCUGGAGAUGAACCCCGGGUAUGAAGUAGCUCCAAGAUCUGAUAGUGAAGAGAGUGGCUCCGAAGAAGAGGAGGAGGAGGAGGAGGAGGAGCAGCCGCAGCCAGCGCAGCCUCCUGCCCUACCUGUGGAGGAGAAGAAGAAGAUUCCAGAUCCAGACAGCGAUGAUGUCUCCGAGGUGGACGCCCGGCACAUCAUUGAGAAUGCCAAGCAAGAUGUCGAUGAUGAGUAUGGUGUGUCACAGGCCCUUGCCCGUGGCCUGCAGUCCUAUUAUGCCGUGGCCCAUGCUGUCACCGAGAGGGUGGAUAAGCAGUCAGCGCUCAUGGUCAACGGCGUCCUCAAACAGUACCAGAUCAAAGGCUUAGAGUGGUUGGUGUCCCUCUACAACAACAACCUGAACGGCAUCCUGGCUGACGAGAUGGGCCUGGGGAAGACCAUCCAGACCAUCGCCCUCAUCACGUACCUCAUGGAGCACAAGCGGAUCAACGGGCCCUUCCUCAUCAUAGUACCUCUCUCAACACUGUCCAACUGGGCAUACGAGUUUGACAAGUGGGCCCCUUCCGUGGUGAAGGUGUCCUACAAGGGCUCUCCGGCAGCCAGACGUGCUUUCGUCCCCCAGCUCCGGAGUGGCAAGUUCAAUGUCUUGCUCACGACAUACGAGUACAUCAUUAAGGAUAAGCACAUCCUCGCGAAGAUCCGUUGGAAGUACAUGAUUGUUGACGAGGGCCACCGCAUGAAGAACCACCACUGCAAGCUGACGCAGGUCCUCAACACGCACUACGUGGCCCCCCGCCGCCUGCUGCUGACAGGCACGCCGCUGCAGAACAAGCUGCCCGAGCUCUGGGCGCUCCUCAACUUCCUGCUGCCCACCAUCUUCAAGAGCUGCAGCACCUUCGAGCAGUGGUUCAACGCGCCCUUCGCCAUGACCGGGGAGAAGGUGGACCUGAACGAGGAGGAGACCAUUCUUAUCAUCCGUCGUCUCCACAAAGUGCUGCGGCCCUUCCUGCUCCGGCGGCUCAAGAAGGAAGUCGAGGCUCAGUUGCCUGAGAAGGUGGAAUACGUCAUCAAGUGUGACAUGUCUGCCCUGCAGCGCGUGCUCUACCGGCACAUGCAGGCCAAGGGGGUGCUGCUGACUGAUGGCUCCGAGAAGGACAAGAAGGGCAAAGGCGGCACCAAGACCCUAAUGAACACCAUCAUGCAGCUGAGGAAGAUCUGCAACCACCCAUACAUGUUCCAGCACAUCGAGGAGUCCUUUUCCGAGCACUUGGGAUUUACCGGCGGCAUCGUCCAAGGACUGGACCUGUACCGAGCCUCCGGGAAAUUUGAGCUGCUCGACAGAAUUCUUCCCAAACUCCGCGCCACCAACCAUAAAGUGCUGCUGUUCUGCCAGAUGACCUCCCUCAUGACCAUCAUGGAAGACUAUUUUGCGUAUCGUGGCUUUAAAUACCUCAGGCUUGAUGGCACCACAAAGGCGGAGGACCGGGGCAUGCUGCUGAAAACCUUCAACGAGCCCGGCUCUGAGUACUUCAUCUUCCUGCUCAGCACCCGGGCCGGGGGGCUCGGCCUGAACCUCCAGUCGGCCGACACUGUGAUCAUAUUUGACAGUGACUGGAACCCUCACCAGGACCUGCAAGCACAGGACCGUGCCCACCGCAUCGGGCAGCAGAAUGAGGUGCGUGUGCUCCGCCUCUGCACGGUCAACAGCGUGGAGGAGAAGAUUCUGGCUGCGGCCAAGUACAAGCUCAACGUCGACCAGAAGGUGAUCCAGGCUGGCAUGUUCGACCAGAAGUCCUCCAGCCACGAGAGGCGCGCCUUCCUGCAGGCCAUCCUUGAGCACGAGGAGCAGGACGAGAGCAGACACUGCAGCACGGGCAGCGGCAGUGCCAGCUUCGCCCACACUGCCCCUCCGCCAGCGGGCGUCAACCCCGACUUGGAGGAGCCACCUCUAAAGGAAGAAGACGAAGUGCCUGACGACGAGACAGUGAACCAGAUGAUUGCCCGGCACGAGGAGGAGUUCGACCUGUUCAUGCGCAUGGACCUGGACCGCAGGCGCGAGGAGGCCCGCAACCCCAAGCGGAAGCCACGGCUGAUGGAGGAGGAUGAGCUCCCCUCGUGGAUCAUCAAGGAUGACGCCGAGGUGGAGCGGCUGACCUGCGAGGAGGAGGAGGAGAAGAUGUUCGGCCGUGGCUCCCGCCACCGCAAGGAGGUGGACUACAGUGACUCGCUGACCGAGAAGCAGUGGCUCAAGAAAGACGAGAGGAAAUAUAUCCAGGACACAGUAAACAAAAAGAUGAGUCGUGACCUGACCCUGAAGGCCAUCGAGGAGGGCACGCUGGAGGAGAUCGAAGAGGAGGUCCGGCAGAAGAAGUCGUCACGGAAGCGCAAGCGGGACAGCGAUGCCGGCCCCUCCACCCCGACCACCAGCACCCGCAGCCGCGACAAGGACGACGAGAGCAAGAAGCAGAAGAAGCGCGGCCGGCCACCCGCUGAGAAGCUCUCCCCCAACCCGCCCAACCUCACCAAGAAGAUGAAGAAGAUCGUGGAUGCCGUCAUCAAGUACAAGGACAGUAGCAGUGGACGUCAGCUCAGCGAGGUGUUCAUCCAGUUGCCCUCCCGCAAGGAGCUGCCCGAGUACUAUGAGCUCAUCCGCAAGCCCGUGGACUUCAAGAAGAUCAAGGAGCGUAUCCGCAACCACAAGUACCGCAGCCUCAACGACCUGGAGAAGGACGUCAUGCUGCUAUGCCAGAACGCGCAGACCUUCAACCUGGAGGGCUCCCUGAUCUACGAAGACUCCAUUGUCCUGCAGUCAGUCUUCACCAGUGUGCGGCAGAAAAUCGAGAAGGAGGACGACAGUGAGGGCGAGGAGAGUGAGGAGGAGGAGGAGGGCGAGGAGGAAGGCUCCGAGUCUGAGUCGCGCUCAGUCAAAGUGAAGAUCAAGCUCGGCCGGAAGGAGAAGGCCCAGGAUCGACUGAAGGGGGGCCGGCGGCGGCCGAGCCGAGGGUCCAGGGCCAAGCCAGUGGUGAGCGACGACGACAGUGAGGAGGAGCAGGAAGAGGACCGCUCAGGAAGUGGAAGCGAGGAAGACUGAGUCCCGACAUUCCAGAGUCUCGACCCCGAGCCCCUGGUUCCAGAGCCGAGACGGUGUAGCCCUUAGCAGGGACGGGUAGCAACAGAUGUAGUUUCAGACUUGGGGUAAAAGUGUAUAAAUGAAAUCUUCCAUAUUUAUACAGCAUAGAAGAUGUAGGACUGUUUGUGUCUGGCCCUGUCCUGGUGUCAGUAGCGUUUGUGACAGCAUUAACUUUAAAACGAGAAAAAAAAAACUAUGAAUUGGGGAACACGUGACACCUUCUCUUCUUUUCCUUCCCUGGCAGUACUGUUUCGGCCGCAGUUUGGAAUCACUGUAGUUUAAGUUGUGGAUGCAUGUGUGUAGCCGUCCACUCCUCGUACUGUAUUUUAUUGGACAGGUCAGACUCGCCAGGGCCCAGGGUUCGCAGGCCCAGCGAGGAUAUGUCAAUGUCACUGGAUGUCGAACAGUAAUAAAUUAAACAAACAACGAAAGUCUCGCCUUCUGGUGGACUUAUUCCCGGCUCCUGGUGUGAAUGCCCACUGCGGGCCCAUGUGGGGCCUUGCCAUUCCUGGGGCCUUGUCCUCCCAUCACCAGAUCCCAGGGCACCCAUUUCACAGUGGGGGGACACUGAGGCCCGGGAAAAGGAAGACACCUUUCCUGGGCCUCACGUCAGCCUGGCUCUCUCUGGCUCUCUCACCACUGCUGUUCUCCAUCGUUCAUUCAGGCCGGCCCCAUCAUGCAGGGAGGAAACAGCUCAGUCCCUUCCCUGCUUGCAGCCAAAGUGGGGUCGGGGAGACAGUCACAUAAACAGGCAGGUGCCACAUAGCAGUCAGAGCCAUGACACAGGAGCCCAGGGCCUUGUGGGAGCCCAAGUGAUCAGGGAGAACUUCCAAGUCCAGAACUUACUUUGGGUUCUGUUCUGUAGUUUUUGUCUCUUCAUUAAAACCUUGUAUUUGUGA